CAUGUUUAGGUGUUCCUGGCGCUUGGUUGGUUCGGUUGGUUCUUUAUUCUAUGGGCGCUCUUUGGCCGCAACAGCCUUUCCGCUUUUGCGUAUAAAUCGCGCAUUGGUGCACAAGUGCGUCCAUCGCGACCGCAAAAACUGCACAAUAAUGCAUUUGUCGAAGGUGGUCGAGGUACUAGAACGUAUAGCCCCGCCCUCGACAGCAGCGUCGUGGGACAACGUCGGUCUGCUGGUCGAGCCUAGCGGUUCGCCGGUAGUGAAGAACGUGCUCCUAACGAACGACCUUACUCUACAAGUGAUGGACGAAGCUGAGCAGCGAAACGCCCAGCUCAUCGUGUCCUAUCACCCACCCAUCUUCACGCCUCUGCGCGCGCUUCGUCAGUCUCAGUGGAAGGAGCGGCUCGUGAUCCGCUGUCUCGAGAGGGGCAUCGCUGUCUACUCGCCGCACACAGCCUGGGACGCGGCUGACGGCGGGGCCAACGACUGGCUCGCCUCGUGCCUCGGAUCUUCGACUACAGAGCCGCUGACGACCGAUGGCGCGGGGCGGCGGCUGCGGCUCGAGCCACCCAUGGUCCUAGAAGAGCUCGCAGCGCGGCUCGCAAAGCACGUGGGCGCACCGAAAGUACGGCUGGCGCUCGCCGCGCGCCACACCACCAGCUCUGCGAUCUCGCACGUCGUCCUGUGCGCCGGAUCGGGCGUUUCCGUGCUGCGCGAGGCCUUCGACGAGGCCGAGCUGGUCGUGACUGGCGAGAUGUCGCACCACGACAUACUGGACGCCACACAGCGGGGCGCGUCCGUGUUCCUGUGCGAGCAUGCAGCAUCCGAGCGCGGGUCUCUGGGCCGAUUGGCCGAGCGGCUGAGCCGAGAGGCGCCCGAGCUCUCCGUGGUAGUUUCGCAAACAGACACUGGACCCCUUCAACUCGUCUAAUUUCUUUAUUGUCGCUACUUAACCGGUUUCAUGUGCCAGAGGCCGUCAUUGAGGUAGUGCACGUUCUCCACUCCGAUGCCUUUGUUGAUGCUGGCUCUGCGAGCAACAGUACACAAAAUAAUGUUUGUACCAGUUUGACUGUAAAAUAUUGCACUUCACCAUGCCAAAAACAGUGCAGCAGUUGGUUAUCACUAUUACCGAGGAGCGUGUAUAAGAGUUGUUCCUGUUCAACCUCAAAAAAUACUAGCCAGUGCUACCAUG